AUGGUCAUCGGCUUGUUGGCUAUCGCCGCCAUUCCCACAGUCAUCGGCACCGGGCAAGCCGUCAGCGCUCAGAAGAAGCAGAAUGCCGCCGCAAAAGAGCAGGCCAAGUUCAGCCUUACGGCGACCAUGACCAUUGACGGGAAGCGAGAAGAAGCUCCAUGCGUCCUCGUCGAGAACAAGCUCUGGAUAAACCAUAGUAUGGCACCAGCCCCAGGCCACAAGUUUUCAGGGUAUUACUUCAACUACCCCUGCGAGGAGCAGUACCGAGGGCUGGUAUCAACCAUCUCCGACGACCCGCCAAUGUUGAAUUGGAUCUACGUCGACGCGGACACACGAGCUGUCCGCCACGGGGGCCGCAAAGACACCAUCGGCCACGUCAUAGGGCCGUGGGGCUGGACGGACGAUGAUAAAUAUCUUUCUUUGCGAGGUAGUGGCAUGGGGUUUGUGGCCGUGCUGGAGGACGAUGGCAGAUGGGCAGUCUAUUGGGACCCGGACGGGAGGUUACGGCAAGGGUAUGAGCCAGAUGAGUGUGUUGAGAUUGUCCUGAGGCGCCAGAUGGCGCUAGGUAUCGAAAGUGCCUAUGUUAGAGACUAG